ACUAAAGAGAGAGGGAGUCGAGGGAGAGAGUAGUAAAAUCCGGGAAUUCUUGUCUGUGGCUCUCGCUCGUUCCAGAGCGACCACAUUCUCUUUUUACUAAAGAAAAUUAUUUACCACUUGUUUUUACCAAAAAUAUUACAAAUAGAGCUUAGCGUAAUCCAUCAACGAAUUACGAGAGCAAUGGUUAAAUAAAUAAACAACGAUACCCACACAAAAUAUAAACACGCGUUUAUACAGUCGUCUACAACAUGAGAUUUGUCAAAACGUUGGAAAGUUUUUUCACGAUUAUCACCGCAAUAUUUGCCCGACAAUGAUUUCAGAACAUUGAUGGAAUGCGCAAGAGAAAAACGUUGAUACCAGGGAUAUGUUUCAACAAAUUUUCUUGUAUAUAUUUGUGUCAUGAAUGAAGAAGAGCUUAUCAAGCGGUCUGCCGCUGAGCGAGACAGAAUAUUCAGUUGUUAUGAUCGCGGAAGAGAAAAUGGUGCACAAAUUGAUGCUUGGGAAGAUCCAGCAUACGAGGUUUAUCAUACUACUGACAGAUAUGGUUUUAUUCAUGACAAACGCUUGCCGAAUGCCAUGGAUAACAAUGAUCUCAAAUUACGCCAUGUUGAAAUGGAGAGACUGAAAAAAUGGGAAAAAAUGAUGGAAAACUGGAACAGUGCGUCGACAAAAGAAAAAUUGAGACGCAGAAUAUACAAAGGAAUUCCCAAUCGCUUGAGAGGACGUGUUUGGACUCUCUUACUUGGCAUCGAAGCUCUGAAACAAGAGCAAGCUGGAAAGUAUGAGGAGAUGCUUAAACUGGCGAGACAGUGGUCUACAGAAAUUAGACAGAUCGAUGCUGAUGUUGCUAGACAAUACAGAGAUCACAUUAAUUAUAGAGAACGUUACAGCAUCAAACAACGCUCCAUGUUUUACGUACUCGCUGCUUACAGCAUGUACAACAUGGAAGUUGGAUAUUGCCAAGGAAUGUCGGUCUUAGCUGGCUUGCUGUUGCUUUACAUGGACGAGGAGGAUGCUUUUUGGGGACUUUCCGUUCUACUUGCAGAUAAGAAGUACAGCAUGCAUGGUUUUUACAUCGAUGGAUUUCCAAAAUUAAAUCGCUUCAUCGAACACCAUGACAAAAUAAUGACGAGAUUCUUACCAAAAUUAAAACGAAAACUUGAUAAAUGUGGAUGUGAUUCCAUCUUGUAUUCGCUGAAAUGGUUCUUCGUCGUUUUUCAAGAACGUACUCCAGUCAGUCUAGGGCUUCGAAUAUGGGACAUAUUUUUGUUGGAUGGUGACCGUAUUCUCUCAGCAAUGGCUUAUACAAUAAUGAAACUCCACAAACGUUAUUUAAUGUCGUUGGAGGGACUCGAUGAAUUUUGCAAUUAUUUGCAGAUCAAAUUAGAAAAGGAUUUCCGAUAUGACGACGAUACGGUUGUAAAUAUGAUGCAGCGCAGUGGAGAAGAACUGAAAAGGGCUAAACUUGAUUAUCCUGGAGCACCCUUGCCAGCCGAAUUGCCAAGAUUUCCGUUUGGAACCUUUAAAGAGCCUUCGUUCACGAGCAAGGUUGGAAGACGAGCAGAAGAAUUCAGCGAAGCUCAGCACGCGAUGAGGGAAUCAGUGGCACAGCGACGUACAAUGGCCGAGGAAAUUGAGGACACGAGAAAUAGUCCAACCCCUGCGGACGCGUCAAGCGGCGGCGACUUUACCGUUCGUACCUCGAUACGGCUGGAGAAACCAGCCGGGAUAUCGUCGCAUCAAUUUAUUACCGAGAGGAAUCUAUCUGCAGGAAGCAAAUUUUCGCUUGAUCCAAGCCUAGACGACGGUGGAUCGCCGCACGGUUCUCGUCGUUCAUUGGCCGACACAUCGGUCACGUCGACGGCCGAUUUAUCGGUAUUUAGUUCAGCGACGCGUUCUCAAGCUCUCGAUAAUAGUCUUGAUACUCAAAGCAACAUAUCCGAAGGUAGCUCGGGUAGCAAUGGUUUGCCAACGCCACGAGCAACGCCCCAUCAACCGAGUCCCGACGUUGUAAGAAUUUAUGUACCGUACACACCACUCUCCCAAGCCUCCUUCAAAGAGGAAUUACAGCGUACUCUGCCACGCUCAUUAGAGACUAAUAAAAUAAGAAUUCGCAUUGAUCCGGACGAGACACCGGUAGUUGAGAAUCUCAAACCUUUUACUCUUGAGAGCCCUGAAUUUGAGCUGGAUUUGAAAUAAAUAUUCAUUGAGAUUACCGAUGAACAACUAAGGGACUGAGGAACGAAAAUCCUAUGAAAUGAGAGAAUGAGGAGGAGAGGCGAAGAAAUUACGGUAAUAUUUCCAUCCUUCCUGAUACUUACGUCUAUGUCUUAAACGCCCUCGAAACACGAAGAGAUUUUAAGUAUUAUUGAGGAAAGAGUGCUAGGAAUUAAUAACGAUAUACAUUAUGUAAAGUCAACUGAAAAAAACCCAGCUACGAAAGAUGAAAAUUGUUCAAUAUGUAAAAAGAGAGAAAGAUAAAUGGAACGAACGAGGAGGAAUGUGAGAGAGAGAGAGAAAGAAACAGAGAGCGCAUUAUCUAGAAAACGAAAAAAAAAUAAAGUUCUAGUAGUGUGUAUAGAUAAGUUCGACAUUCAACUGAAACAACUCAAGAUGUAAUUUUAAUUGACGAAUUUAGCUUUCGAAACUUGUGUGUGCGUGUGUGUGUGUGUGUUCCAUUGAAAAUUGGAACUUUUACGAAGAUCUGAUCAAUUAAUAUUCGAUGAUUGGGAGUUCUGCAUUUUCAGGUUUUUUCAAAAAACUUGCGAACAAUGGUAACAUGGAAUUUGGACUUCUGGUUAUUCUAAUCGGCAAUACAAAAAAGAUACAUAAAUAUAUAUAAAUAUAUCUAGUUGAUGAUACUGACCGAAAUGAAAUGGUAUCGAUUGAAAUUAGUAUUAUAUACUCGAGAAUUGAUCACUCUAAGUUUUAUUUUUUUAAGUGUGUACGUACAUAAUCCAUUUAUGAUUGACCUUUGAAUUGUGAAAUGUGGUAUAAUGAUCAUUAGGACAAGAAAAGAAACGAAUAUUUUCAAGGAAUUAUUGGAUGAAAAUUAGUCUUUUGUUUUCAUGACCCGCACGAUUCGAGGGCUUUUAAAUUUAAGAACAUAACUGCGAUACGGUUACAACAAAAAUUCAGUCAAUAUCGAGACAAAAGUGGUUUUUACAGUUUUCCAGAAUUGAAUCAUGAACUUUUUGAUUUAUAAAAGUUUUCAGAUGGAAAAGAAAUAUAAUUUUAUCUGUUAUAAUUCCAUGUUUUUUUUUUUCAAUUUAUGAUAUUAAAUGUGAUAUAGACUUUGAUGCAUUCUUCAAUGUUUCAUCGGUUCCCUCAGUAUAAAAUAUUGAACUUUGCUCAUUACCCUAAAUUUAGUCGCAUAUCUCAAUUUACUCUCUUCUGAAUUUUUGAGAAGUUAAAAUUUCAAAUUUUCUAUAAACUUAUUACUUAGAACAAAUCAAUAUUAAUAUCGAAAGAUUUGAACAUUCGAAUGUAAAUCCACUUAUUUAUUUCUCUCUGGAAAGGAAACUGUGAAAAACACUUCCUCUCAACGUUCAUGGAUUUUUGAAGUGACUCUAGGGCACUCUUAACGAGGUGUGUCGAUGAUUAUAGUUUACUUGAACCAACGAAUGAGAAUAUGUGUUUAACCCUGCCGCCGUCUUCAUCGUCGAUUUAAUCCAAUCUGAAGAAAAUUUUCUACGUGAAAAUUAGACCGAUCGAGUAACACAGGCCGAAAAAUUGUCCAUACACGCAUUGAUCGAAUAUAACAGACCUUUAUAGUUCCGAGUUUGAAUCAAAGAAUGUCUGGACCACCGCAAGAGAGUUGAAACAAUCAAAUGAGAAUCGACUGAAAAAAAUUAUUGCUUCUCCGUUUUUUGAAUGCCUAGUUCUCAACAAUGAAUUCGUCGUAUUCUUUAGGGAAAACGUUCCUAGAAUGAGAACUUGGAAACUUUGCAAUUGGACCAAGAUCAGAAAACUUUCAGUCAUUUUGACACUUCACAAACAUUGAUUUUGAUUGAUGGGAAUAAAAAAAAAAACACAUUAUUCGAAAGAAAUUCGACAGAUAAUCAGACCUUUUUUUUUGUUCUUCCAGUAAAAUAAUUUUUUUGCUACAGUAAAAUGCAUAUUUUCCAGUAUAUUCUCAUAUUAACAUUUUGCCAGUUCUUUUUCUGCACCUAUCUUUAAAUAAAUAAUGAUUACAAUAUUUUUUUGUUUAACGUUACUCUUAAAAUUGAUGUAAAAUAUAUUUUUGAUAUUGCCUUUUUGAAAAAACAUUUCUAGCAAUAUAAAAUGUUUAAACCAAAACACAUGUGAAAAAAUGUUUCCGCAAUUAAAAGAACUUGCCAUUUUUUAUUUGGAAGUAUGAGUGAUAAUUUUUUGGUCGUAUGUAAUAAGCAGCAUAUAAUUUUUGUUAUGCCGAAGAAAAACUCAGAUUUGAGAUUAUAAAAAGAUUCUCAAAUUCCUUAUUUUUUUUUGUAUGAAGAUGAUUAACGUUUAAGGAGAUAAAUACUCUCACAACUCGAUGGGCCUAAUUUCAACGCGAGAAAAAAUAUCUAAAGAAGACAAUGUGGUUCCUCCGAGUCUGAAAAAUUUGACGGCCGUAUUUUAAAAUCGAAGAAAAAAAAAGCGCGACAAUAUAUGUAAAGAUCAUCAUUAAGCUCUAAAGCACUUAGAUCAUGAAGCAAGAGCAAGGAGAACAAAGAAAAAAAUAUGAGAAACGUGAAGCUGAAGUUUUGUUAUUUGUACAAAACGGAAAGUUAAAAUACCUGACGAGGAUCCCUCCGAGGCCAUUGUUUCUUCUUGCCUAAUUAAUCACCGCUCUCUGUUAAUUGUAAAAUUGUCAUUGAAACGAGCCAAACGCGCGAAGAAUAGAAAAAAAAAUCUAGAAGCCUGCGUAGGAACACAGUAAUGUUCGUCAACGUUCAUGUUUCGUAUUGUAAUUCAUUUCACGAAUGGCCAUGUAUUCCAUCCGGUGAUUCAAACGUAGAACUGUAUAAAAACAAAAUGAAAAGAGUAAUAAUAUUGAAAGGAGAAUUCAA